AUGACCACCGUGGCAACGAGUCGUUACUCGGAAGCCCAUGCCAACCAGCAUGGCCCCGGCGACGCACGGCCUACUGCCCUACAGAUUAUCAAAGACGAGCAAAGAGAGGGUAAUAUGAGCAAUAAGGUCGUGUUCAUUACGGGAUGCUCUUCUGGAUUAGGAAUUGAGACAGCGAGAGCAAUGAAGGCAACGGGAGCAACGGUUUUUGUCACCGCCCGCAAUUUGGAAAAGGCAGAGGACGCGCUUGGCGAUAUUCUCAGCGGUGAUCGCGUUCACCUUCUCAAGUUGGAUCUCGAAUCCUUCGACAGCGUUCGAUCUUGCGUCAAUGAGUUCAAGUCAAAGAGCAGCACUCUCAACAUUCUCAUCGAAAACGCUGGUAUUCGUCACGUUCCGUUCGGUCGAACGCGAGAUGGCUUCGAAAAGCACUGGGGAACAAACCACCUGUCUCACUUUCUCCUCUUCGAACUUCUCAGGCCGAUGCUCCUAGCAUCAUCCACCCCAGACUUUUGCUCUCGUGCCAUUAUCGUUUCUUCCACCGCCCACAGAAACGCUCCAAUGGACUUUUCAGAUUUGAAUUGGGAAAGCCGAAAAUACGUGCCAUCGGUCGCAUAUGGUCAAAGUAAAUUGGCAAAUGUUUACACUGCUAGCGAGAUCGAGAGACGAUAUGGCGCGCAGGGACUUCAUGCAUGGAGUGUCCACCCCGGUGGUAUUCGAACGGGAUUGCAGGCACCGAGUCAGUGGGAUGUCAAGGACUGGCUCGUUGUAAUCAAAUCUGGCCCCAUGGCGACGCUCAACACCAUGAUGAAUGCCGCGCAGGGUGCCUCAACAUCUGUAUGGGCUGCUGUAAGCAGGGAUCUAGAAAGCCAAGGUGGGAAAUACUGUGAGAGAAAUCGCUUCAGCGAGCCGCUGAAGAAGGGCUGGAAGAUGAUUGAUCCAGGACAUGCCGAGUGGGCCUAUGAUGAAAAGGCUGCAGCAAAGUUGUACGACUUAUCACUGGAAAAAAUCAGUCGCUAA